UACCAACCGUUUYCGAGUCCAUAGCAACCGUUAAAACUAGCGGAACCGAGCCGUUUUUGUCUCAGCAGUUUUCCUCUUAACGGCGGUUAUUCUGUGUAUCUAAAGUGUCCGUUUCUGUCAUGGAGGACGAGAAGAAGUCACCGCGUCCAGUUAAGCAGAUUUUCGUGAACGACGUCCACACGUAUGUUUCAAAGCACGUCGCCGAGAUUAUAGGAGAAAUUGAAGCUCCUGAUGAGUCGGACGAUGAUGACACAGGAGAUGAGUCACCGAGUCCCCCGGACGAACCUGCUUUUCAGGUCGUAGGAACUUCCAUCAAUGAGGAGAAAGUACAGAAUCUACACCAACUGUAUGUGUCCCCAAGCAGAGAUGAGCUGCAGCAGCUGCUGCUGGAGUGUGAUGUUGUGGUUUACUGCGUCACCGAAAGUGCAGCUCAACAGCAGAUUGAAGAAGCAACAUGGGCAUUAGCAGUCCUUCGGGAUGAAAUGGAAAGCUUCGAAACCCGGAGAUAUUUCAUCCUCGUCUCCACAUUGAUGACUUGGACGAAUUUUAGGGUUUCAGACCUAAAUAACCCAGUUGUCCCGUUUUUAGAAGAAGAUUUUCUCCGAAGAAGGCCUCAUCCCAAGUUCAGGAAACACAACGAGCUGGAGAAGCUUGUGCUCAAGAUACCCCGAGGUAAAGCAUCUAAGCUCAAAGGUUACGUUGUAUGUGCUGGAUUUCAGUACGGGAUGGGAGAAAAUCUCUUCCACUACUUUUUUAAGGUUUCAUGGUUGAUGGAGGAGCCAAAGGUUCCCAUAUUUGGAAGUGGUGAAAAUUUUAUUCCCAUGAUUCAUGUUCGUGACCUUGGAAGAGUGGUCCAAGGCAUCAUUAAGGCGAAGCCAAGUCCAAGGUACAUCGUUGCCAUUGAUGAGUCCAAGAACACGUUAGAGGAUGUUGUAAAGACUAUUAGUGAUGUGCUCGGGCCAGAAAAAAUCUGCAAGUUACUUCCAGAAGACGCCAUCAGAAUGAACGCUUUUAAGCCGGAAGAACUGGACUGUCUCAACGUCAACCUGCAAGUGGAAGGUUCUAUAGUCAGCGACUAUUUGACCUUUGACUGGACGAGUGAAGAAGGACUGGUGAAAAACAUCAAGAACAUYGUGAAGGAGUACAAACUCGCAAGACAGCUUCUCCCGAUUAAGAUCUGCCUGAUUGGCCCUCCGGCGGUGGGGAAGACGACUCUUGCCAUGAAGCUCUGCCAGCACUACAAACUUCAUUACAUCCACGUCAAAAGCAUGUUUGAUGAGAAAAUUACUCAGCUGGAGAYGAUAAUAGCUACAGAGGAGUAUGAAGAAGAAAUAGCUGAAGACGCUCAAGUUGCUGCACAGGACCAGCUGGAAUACAUCCAGAGGACUCUGGAGGACAAUGAAGGUGUUGUGACUGAGGACCUGAUUUUUGAGGUUCUGCAUGAAAAGCUUUACUCCAAGGGAUCCAGGAACCAAGGGUUUGUUCUGGACGGCUUCCCUGAGACUCUGGAUCAGGCAAAGAUGGUUUUUGCUGAUGAGAGUCAGGAGAACCAGGAUGUAGAUGUACUGUCCAAAAUGCCGUGGUACAACAAGAUCGUCACCCCAGAGUACAUUUUUUCCCUCGAAGCACCAGAUGAUUUCCUGUUCACGCGAGUGCAAGAGCUUCCAGAGUCCAUAGCUGAGAAGAUGCACUACACCCAGGACGAAUUCAAGUCUCGUCUGGGUGCAUACCGGGAUCGCUGCAAAGCUCCAGGAACCUUGUUGGACUUUUUUGAUCACCGGGAACUCCAUCCAGAAUAUUUAGACAUCACCUCAGAUGAUUCGGAGUACACAUGUACUAUGAAGAAGAUUAUUGAGAUUAUAGGGGAGCCCAAGAACUACGGCGGGACUCCACAGGAGCAGGCGGAGCAGAAGAGAAGGAAAGAGGAAGAGAGGAAGCAGAAGCUGGCGGCAGAGGCAGCGGAGAGGAAGGAGAGGAAGGAGGCUGCUCUGGCUGAGAUGACGGGUCACUACGAGGACUGGAAGAAGAACCUGGGGAUGGUGGUGGAGCAGGAGUCUGAAAUGUUGGAAGCCAAAGCUCUUCCUCUCAGAAACUACCUGAUGAAGUACGUGAUGCCUUCGCUGGGCGAGGCCAUGCUGGAGUGCUCCAAGGUCAAACCGGAAGACCCCGUCGACUUCCUGGCUGAACAUCUUUUACGGAACAGCACAGAAGACUGAAUGACAUCAGAUCUAAACGUCAUGAACAAAUCGAGACGAUUUCUGAGCAAUAAACUCUUAAGAUGUUAUGAUAAAAAGUACAGCACUUAAUCCUCUAAAUUCAAUAAAAGUAAGUUUUAUGCGACGGACAAUGUCACAUUUUUUGCAAAAAUGUGAAAUCUGCAUUUGUAAAUGUUAAUUAAAUGGCAGAUUGAAGAGCUUA